AUGAGCGCGCGGAGCCUGGGCCGCCGUCGGGAGCCGCGCAGGCCGCGAGCCGCCGCCGCCAUGGCCUCGCCGCUGCCCGGCCGCGCGGGCGGGCCCGCCACGCCGCUGUCGCCCACGCGCCUGUCGCGGCUGCAGGAGAAGGAGGAGCUGCGGGAGCUCAACGACCGCCUGGCGCACUACAUCGACCGCGUCCGCGCGCUCGAGCUGGAGAACGACCGGCUGCUGCUCAAGAUCUCCGAGAAGGAGGAGGUGACCACGCGCGAGGUGAGCGGCAUUAAGGCGCUGUACGAGUCGGAGCUGGCGGACGCCCGCAGGGCCCUGGACGAGACUGCCCGGGAGCGUGCCCGGCUGCAGAUCGAGAUGGGCAAGCUGAGCGCGGAGCUGGAAGAGGUGCACAAGAGUGCCAGCAAGAGGGAAGGCGAGCUCUCGGUGGCCCAGGGCCGCGUGAAGGACCUGGAGUCCCUGUUCCACCGGAGCGAGGUGGAGCUGGCCGCCGCCCUCAGUGACAAGCGCAGCCUGGAGAGCGACGCGGCCGAGCUCCGGGCCCAGCUGGCCAAGGCCGAGGACGGUCACGCCGUGGCUAAGAAGCAGCUGGAGAAGGAGACGCUGAUGCGCGUGGACCUGGAGAACCGCUGCCAGAGCCUGCAGGAGGAGCUGGACUUCCAGAGGAGCGUGUUCGAGGAGGAGGUGCGGGAGACGCGGCGGCGGCACGAGCGGCGCCUGGUGGAGGUGGACAGCGGCCGGCAGCAGGAGUACGACGUGCGCCUGGCGCAGGCCCUGGAGGAGCUGCGCAGCCAGCAGGACGAGCACGUGCGGCUCUACCGCCUGGAGCUGGAGCAGACCUACCAGGCCAAGCUGGACCAUGCCAAGCUGAGCUCUGACCAGAAUGACAAGGCGGCCAGCGCUGCCCGUGAGGAGCUGAAGGAGGCCCGCAUGCGGGUCGAGUCCCUCAGCUACCAGCUCUCCAGCCUCCAGAAGCAGGCCAGUGCUGCUGAGGACCGCAUCCGAGAGCUAGAAGGGGCCAUGACUGGGGAGCGGGAGAAGUUCCUGAAGAUGCUGGACGCCAAGGAGCAGGAGAUGAUGGAGAUGCGUAAUAUGAUGCAGCAACAGCUGGCCGAGUACCAGGAGUUGCUGGACGUCAAGUUGACCUUGGACAUGGAGAUCAGCGCCUACCGCAAGCUCCUAGAGGGCGAGGAGGAGAGGCUGAAGCUGUCUCCCAGCCCCUCCUCACGGGUCACCAUCUCACGGGCCACCUCGAGCAGCAGCAGCAGCAUGUCCACAGCUGGGCGUUCAAGCCGAAGCAAGCGCCGGCGCCUGGAGGCGGAGGAGCCCCCAGGCAGCGGCUCAAGUGGCAUUGGCUCGGGCAGCAUUGGCUCGGGCAGCAGCAGCAGCUUCCGCCUGGCCCAGCAGGCCUCGGCCACCGGCAGCGUCAGCAUCGAGGAGAUUGACCUGGAGGGCAGGUUCGUGAGGCUCAAGAACAACUCGGACAAGGAUCAGUCCCUGGGGAACUGGAGGAUCAAGAGGCAGGUCCUCGAGGGCGAUGAGAUCGCCUACAAGUUCACACCCAAGUACGUCCUGCGGGCCGGCCAGACAGUCACGGUGUGGGCAGCUGGUGCUGGGGUGGCCCACAGCCCCCCCACCCUGGUGUGGAAGAGCCAGAGCAGCUGGGGCUCGGGCGAGAGUUUCCGCACUGUACUGGUCAACGCCGAUGGAGAGGAAGUGGCCACAAGAGCAGUGAAGCAGUCUUCUGUGGUGCGGGAGAACGAGAACGGGGAGGAAGAGGAAGAGGAAGCCGAGUUUGGCGAGGAGGAUCUUUUCCACCAGCAGGGGGACCCACGGACCACCUCGAGGGGCUGCUGCCUGAUGUAACGGAGCACUCGGCAUCCACACACUGUUCCUCACCCAGAGCCACUGAAAACUAUUUUUCUAUCAUUGGCUUUCCUUAGUCUUUGGUCUGUUUCUAGCUGAUUUUUAAGCAAACUGCCAACUCACGCGGGUCAGCAUAGCCUUGACCUCACCUGGGCACACCUUGCCACUUCAGACUCCCACCCUCGCCAUCCCACGGCCUUCCACCCCCGGGGACCCUGGGGGCUGAGGGGCUGGGCCUGGGUGCUGUGGCGGACCUGGCCUGAG